UAAGGAUAACAAUAUGGCGUCUUGUUUGUAAAUCACAGUCAAAACAGAAGCUGUUGGCUACCGCUCGCAUAAUUCUGGUGUUCUUUCCGUGAAAAAUACACUAAAAAAAAGCAAAAUGUCUCGAGCUCAAGCAGAAAGUGUCAUUAAAAACAUCAUCAGGGAAAUUGCUCAGGAAUGUGCUGGAAAAGGUCAAGCUGUGUCAGAGACACUGGUGGCUUUCAUGGUGAAAGCUGUUGUCCUGGACCCUUCAAACGAGUUCAAUGUUGAUCGCACGUUAACAAAGGAUGAUGUUCAGAAACUCAUUAGACUCUGUGUGGAUCGUCUCAUGGACUCUCGGUCACCAGCCUUGGACACGGUCAAAAUGCAAGUGUAUUUUGAUAUGAACUACACGACUCGAGCUGACUUCCUUGAUGAGCAUCGUCGAGUGCUUGAGUCUCGUCUACUGCCUGUUAUCAGAGAAAUCACUGACAGCAGGGCACGGACCCGUGAAGAGCUUGAAAGCCUCUACCGCAAAAUUGUGUCUGCUGUGUUGUUGCGAUCUGGAUUAGGCAGUCCGACUGAUAUAGCUGUUGUUCGGGAGGCAACAGCUGCCCUGCAGUCUGUGUUCCCCCAAACUGAGCUUGGAACCUUCAUGACUCUGACAAAGCGAGAGAAAGAGAGACAGCUGACUGAGCUCACAAUGAUUGUCACUGGAAUUCGACUCUUCAACAAGGAAUGUGGCAAAGGAGGAGAAGGCAUUGAUGAUUUGCCUGCCAUUUUGAAUGAGGCUAUCCCAGCAACAACCCAGAGUGUGGAUGGAGAAAUUCAAGGCACACUGCAGAGUGCUUACAAGUACACCGCUCUCAUCGAAGAAAUGCAUAAAGGCCAACCGAAGGAGGGACCCUCCAUUCAGCUCCUAAAGGAAGCCCUUAUCAACACUAGACAGCAUGAGACUUUCUUAAGAAUCAUUCUGAAUGAUGUCAUCAGCUGUGCCCAUCAAGUUGGCCAUUUGCAAGGACAGCUUGCAAUCAGGAUGAAACAGCUUCAAGCAACUGUACAAUCGAAGACAGCAGUGCCUACAGCUCAAGUUUAUCCUCAGUUUAUCCACCUAGCUCAGCUGUGGAGCAGCUUCCAGGAUGAGAUGGUUUUGCUCAGUGUCCUCAGCAACAUCUUGGCCAGUCUGGAGCCAUUCACCAGGGGGCACAGAGAACUCUUCAGUGAUGAUGUUCUUGUUCCCUACCUAGAAGGUUUGUCAGUGAAGACAGAUAAAGAGCGAAUUGAAGAAACAUCUUCACAGAGGGUGAACACCAAAGACUACCAAGUGGAAGGUCACGACUGGCUCUUCUUAGAUACCACAAAGAAUUUUGCAAAGCUUCGCCUCCAGUACAGGGGCUACUGUGCUUAUUCACUGGGGAAAUAUGACAGACUGCUCCUUCCUGCCAACCCUGAGAUUGGUGUCUUGCGUUUCAGAGAGCACUACUAUGCCUUUUCAUCGAAAGACGCUGCUUAUGAAUUUGCUCAGAAUCCUCAAGAAUAUAUAGCAAUGGUGGCUGAUGGUGCAAAGAAGAGCCCUGAACUGAUCCAGCUUCUUGAGUUACAUACACAGUUUUCUACCAUAACACCAUACUCACAGAGUCGAGAAGCAGGCAAAAUGAUUGAAAAGCCUGUGACAAAGUGUGAUAGUGCAUCUCAGACUGACACUCACAUCCUAGAAUCCAACAUUGUAAAGACAUAUGAGUGGAAUGAGUGGGAGCUGCGGAGGAAAGCUAUUAAACUGGCAAACUUGAGAACUAAGGUGACCCAUGCUAUGCAGACACAUGGAAGCAACAUGCGGCGAGACAAUGAAACUCAAGUGUAUCUGCCAAAAGACCAGAAUACGCAGACCAAACGUGACAACUACAGUAACGUCUCCAAACCCCAAGUGUUCUUGGAGGGCUUACGAGGAGGUGGCAUGUCCGUGCCCACUGCCAUGAACAAGGUGGACCUCACCGUAGACGUGUCAGAGCCACCAAUUGUCAGUCAGUACAUGGUGCGGCCAAAAGAGCAAUGAACCCUUCCAUAAUGAACUCUUUGAGGUGGAAUUUCUUUGAUUUGUCAAAAUAAGGAUUUUGAGAAACACAAUAUUCAUUCUGGGGAGAAAAGUACAUCUUUAAUAAGAAAUCAUGUAAAGUCAGCUGAGCAAUAAAAAUGAAUGCCUCAGCCUUAAAAGACAGUCAAGCAACAUUAGUCAGUUGUUGUUUUUUUUCCAUUUUACAGACAUUUACUUCUUGUUCUUUUUGCUUUUUAACUUUUCAUGAUUUUCCCAUUUUGUAAUCUGACUGUGAUGACAAACUGCUGCUAUGCUACAUCAUCCCUUCUAGAGCAGCCCUAGGCUUAGGCUUAUACAUCUUUAUAGUUUUCAUUAAAUUCUUGAAAUAAAAUAAGUGUUGGAACAACAAUUUUGACAAUUAUUGAUAUAAAGCUCCCAGAGACCAUUAAAUAUAAAUGACUUCAGAAACAGGAACACUAGAGGUAACAAAAUGGGUUAGCCUCUACCACACACUAAAUUGCUCAUCGAAAUGUGUUUGAACAACAUUAACCCCUUCAUGACAGAUCCCGUACACUGUUCCUGAAACAUCAUGACCCAGGAUGUUGUCCUCACGUACAAUAUGCGCUUUAAAACCAUCUGACUUUGGCAAUCAUUUGGACCGUAAGACAUGCACCAUUUCUUUUAGCUGUGGUUACUUUGGCCUUGAAAACACUGUUAAAGAUGAAACUACCAAAUGUGCGUGGUGAGGUAAGGUGUCAAAUUCUCUCCUUAGGAUACGAAAGAUGAUUUGCAAAUCCUUCACUGUCGAGAAGAUUAUAUCAGAACUAUCUGUUCUAAGAUCAUGAUAUAACAUUCAUUGGCGAAAUCCAUUGACACUACAUUCUUAGUUCGAUAUAGUGACAAAGGUACCUUGACCACCACACUGUGAAUUUCUCAGCACAGCUUUUGCUUCUAGAUUUUUGUAUGAAAUAUAAAUAACUCUGAUUGUACUGGAGGACUAAUAUUAUUAGGACCACAUCAUACUCUAAAAAAUGUCACGAAAAUUCAGUGUAAUGGAAUUAGCUUUGUGUUCCUAAUUCUUAACAACUGGCACAAAAAUUAUGUUUUUGUGAAAAAAGUACUAAAUCACGGUGGCUGAAUAUAUGACCCCAUUUUUAUAGUAUAGCCUUGUUUUAAUACAUGAUAUGUACAGUACUGUACAGUACUGCUUGAUUUUUGAAAGCCUCUUAUGGACAAUUCUUUUUUAAUAAUGUAUUUCAGCACAAUAAAAGUUGUAUUUUGUUGAAUGUA